UAAUGUGAGCGUCCGUGUUUUUCAGGGAGGACCUAUAACAGACGGACAGUUCGCUGCUGUUCGGCAAUGCUCGUUCAAUGUUAUUAAUAUUUUUGUCCAAAACAAAAUGGAAAGGAUUCCGUUUUAUGACUGCAGGUUUCGGCGGCUUUCAUGGGCUUAAGAAGCGCUUUGGAGUUCAGUCCGUCAACUCGUUUACCCACCGACUCCAUGGCAACGCGUCCACCGUCCAGCGGCUCACACCUCCGGAACCGAGGCCUUCCCCCAGAGAAUCCGAAUGCAGACCUCGGAGGAAAGUGUGCCAACCGGUUCUGAACCAUUUCGACUCUCAGUACAGCGAUGAGCUCGGACAGCAGUGGUUCUCUGCGAGGGACAUCCUUCUGAAUCCACACUGCUGGCAGUUUGGUGUCCUACUAAACCGCUUUAGCGACCUCACAGGUGUCCUGUCACAGCUUAAAUCACUGGGCUACUACAGCCUCCUUCCUCAAACACAUUCUCCUAAAAGCCUGCACAAGCCUUUGUCUUCUGGCACCCAUGCUCAGCUACAGUGUCUUGUUCACAAAGACCCACUACGCCUGCCCACACAACGGCAUCGUUCAGGCUGGUUGAAGCAGUACUACUUGCUGAACGCUGCCUCUCUGCUGCCAGUGCUGGCUCUGGGGGUAAAGGAUGGAGAGAAGGUUCUGGACCUAUGCUCGGCUCCAGGGGGCAAAGCUUUGGCCCUGCUGCAGGCAGCAACCCCUGGACUGUUGCACUGUAAUGAAGUGGACAAGCGGAGGUAUGAGUGGCUGCUGAAGACGCUGGAGUCAUACAUCCCUCCUUCACUCAGAGACACAGUCAUUGUGACAAACAUGGAUGGUAGAGCCAUUGGUGGGAGCCAGUCAGAGUCAUACGACAAGGUGCUGGUUGAUGCACCAUGCUCUAAUGACCGCAGUUGGCUCUUUAGCUCUGAAGCCCAGCAGGGGGAGCUGUGGUUGAGAGAGCGAGUCCAACUACCUCACUUACAAAAAGAACUGCUCUGUUCAGCCUUGGCAGCAGUGCGUCCUGGAGGGCAGGUGGUUUACUCCACUUGCACUUUAUCCUGUGCAGAGAACCAGUCUGUAAUUGAAGAGGUUCUUACCUCUUGCCCGGGGGUGGAACAUCUGGACCUGGAGGAGGAGCUGAUUUGUUCGCUCUCCAAACAUUUUACUUUUGCUCAACUUCAGCCUCCACUGGGUCAUUUGGUGGUUCCGGAACAGGGAAGAACAUGGGGGCCCAUGUUUGUAUGCAGUCUGAGAAGAAUCUCAUAAAGACUUUUAUCCUCAUGGGUUUAGCUGUAUUUAUUUACUGAACAUUUAGGGCUGGGCGUGUAUGUAUCUAAUUUUUCCCCCUACAACAUAAGCCUGCAUCAAAUAAGUAUUACUGAACACAAAUAAAAAUAAAUAAAAUUGAAAAAGUAAUACAUGUGAGGAAAAAUGCUAAAUGUACAAAUGUAAAAACAUGAUUCUGAGUAACAUCUACAUUAUGUAAAAUAUUGGUAGUAUUCUGCUGUCAGUUUAACUUUUAACCACCAUGGGUUAUGCAACAUUUUACAGAGUUUAUGUUACGUUAUAGUUUAAUGAGGCUAAAUAAGACUAAGUUUAUGUCGGGAUAUCACUUUUCCGACAAGAUAACUUUUGCUCAGUUAUCCAAUAAGUUGGCACCCUUAGAAAUUCUUAUUAGUGAAGAUCUAAAUGAAGUAUUUUCAUUUUUUAUGUUUUAAAGUUCAGCUGAGCAGUUGGAUGAAUUUAAAUGCUCAGCCGUGACUUUCUGGUUCACUGGGGAAUAUAUAUGAGAUGAAACACAGGCCAAAUGCCUUCAGUCAUCCAUCAUUAUAAGAAAAAAUAGAAAACAUAGUAAUGAUCUGCAACAAAAGGUUGCUGAGCUGCACACGUUAGGAAAUGGCUACAAGAAAAAAGCUAAACAUUAAUCUGCCAGGAAGAGGACGCAUGUCAAUACUGACCACGUGGCCAGUGAGAAAGAUGGUUUGAGUGGACAGACAAACUCCCAAGGAUAACAGAAGGGGAAUUGCAGUCAUUUGUUAGGUCUUGGGGUCAGAAUGCUUCCCAAACUGCAAUCAAACACCACCUAUAACCACUAGUUGUCUGGGUAGGGGGGUGCCAGAAGAAAGCCUCUGCUGUCAAUAAUCAACAAACUCAAGCUCCUACAGUUUGCCAGACAUCACUGGAACUUUCAAUGGGAUUGUGUUCUGUGUUUAGAUGAGCCCAAAAGCAGAUGAAUUUUUGGCAAGAAGCAGCAAAGUAUCUCAUUGUGAAGUAUGGUGGUGAAUCUGUAAUACUGUGGAGGUGUUUUUCUUCCGAAGGCACUAGACAAUUUAUUCAGACACAUGGUAUCACAAACUCCAUCAAGUAUUUUGUCUUUAAAUUCACUCACUUUGCACAUUAAAUUCACACAUUUUGCAAAGCGUCACAACUUUUGGGAAAUAAAAUUGCAAAUGCAAAAAAGUUUGUGUCAUAGUGGAGGAGAUGUCCAUCUUAAUGGAUAACUGAGCAAAAGUUAUCUUGUCAGAUAAGAUUGUCAGCAGAUUUUAAUAUAUAAAAUGGAGGAAGUGCAACUAUUAGCAAUUUCUAAGCCCAAAACCUUUACAAAUUACUUCCUGAACAGCAUAAAAGACGUCAUUCAGGACAAUGGAUUAGAUGUCUUAACUAAACCUUGAGCUUUGGUCUCCAUCUCAGUCACUGCUGCAGCUAGCUGGCCCACAACGCUGCAGUACCUUCAAAAACGUUCCCAAUGUGCAUGAAGACAAAUAGGUUAACAGCUUUGGGCUGAUGCAAUACAGCAUACUGAUAUGACACAGACUAAUACCCAUUUUUCCCUCAUGCAUUUUGAAAAACAAUGGAGACAAGUGCACCGGAGGGAAAUGAAUGAAUUCUGAAAUUAUUUCUGAUUGCUCAAAAUACUCAGCCACAAAGUGUUAAGCCGUAAGUGUAAAAAUCCUACAUACUUAGUCAAAACAAAAGUCCCAAACUGCCUUUGCAAGCAGUGUCAGUACAAGACCUGUUCUUCUAUGGCUGAGCAGCAGCAUACAAGCCUUAGAUCACCAUGUGCUGUGCUAAGCUUGGCUGGAGUGCUGUAAAGUAAACCUCCAUUGGGCUCACAGUGGAAGCAUGCUUCAACAGUCUGAUGUGUGUAUUUAGCAGCUGUAGAGAAUGUUACCUGCUUAAAAAUAGUCCCACCAGUAAAGUUUGAUGGCAGAGAGAUAAUGACCUAGAGUUCUUAUGUGAUGAUUUGGGCCAGUGGUGUUUCAUCCUCUGCGUCGGUAAGGAUGGGUGUUUUGGCUACCACCUUACCUGUUACCACAAGCAAAAACACAACCGUUUUUUAAAAAUUGGAACUUUUUUGUUUAUAAAGUACAGAAUUAUUGGUUGAUAAAUGUCUCUACAACUGGCUGUAGGGUCUUAAAAAGUAAUUCCAGUAUAUAUAUCAUAUAAGCUAGACACUGUCUAUGUGAAAAGCUAGAAGCUGUCACUAUAUCUCGGUGAUGUAGGGCACAGGUGACCGCUUGCUGUGAUGUGGAAUUUGACUCUUGAUUGGAUUUAAUAGACUCUCACAUCAGCACAGAAAAACUUGGAUUCAGGGCACUGGAGAAAGUGCCUUUGAACAAUCAAGUGGUGGUUGCAAGGCAAAAUUAACAUGUUGCUUUAAAUGAUUGGCCACAUAUUCUCAAAUCCAAGGCUUGUGGACCCAUGUUUAGUGAAGAUGGCUUAAGCAACACAGUCUGCUAAAAGUUGAGGUUAUGUUUUAAAAUCCUUUGGAGAGAAAAUUAAAUGUUGAGCAGACAUAAUUCAUGUUUAAAAUGUGACAAAACAUCGAGUAUCCCCAAACCGCUUUUAUAUCUGUAUGCUAUAGUAUGUUCACAUGUCAGUAAUUUACUCUGAGCCUUUGCUAUGUAGGUUUUACCAAUCUGGGUUAAUACUGCUGUAUUUACUGUUAAUCAUUAUAGUUAUGAUUUUUCAGCUUGAAAGCUAAAAGUCUAUAUAUUGGCAUUACAUUUUAUUAGACUGUAUACAUUUAGCAGUAUUUGUUGAAUUCUUUGCUGACUGUUUUUGAAUGUGGGCUGAGGUGUUUUAAGGGUUCACUUGGUCUUGUGCUCUUUAUCUCUAGAUUGAUGAACAUGAUGCCAAUAGUAUGCAUCAUCCAUCUCUUUCCUCAUGCAUUUUAUCUGUAUGGCAUGGUGUGAAUAGGCUGUAGAGUCCAGUAAAAGCCUCUGCCAAUGUUUUACUGAUGAAUAACAGCACUGCCCUCUCAGCUAACAAAGCCAUGACAGUCGGCCCCCUUUUCUGUUUCGUAAUGAUAAAGAAAUUACUUGUUAAGUUUAGUGUGGAAGAACUUAACUGGACACCACAGAGACCUGAUCUCAACCCCUUCCAGCACCCAGGGGAUGAAGUAGAACACAUACUGUGAGCCACACCUUAUCGGCCAACAUUGCAGCCCCACUUCCCUCUUGUGGAGGAAUGGAAGCAAAUUUUUGCAGCAAUGUUCCAAAAUCUAAUGGAAAAACCUUCCCAGCAGGAUGUCCAUGGUUUUUGGUAUGAGAUGUUCAUGUACAAAUAAAUGUAAUGUCCUGGUGUCCA